AUGGAUUAAACAAAGGUUUAAAAAUUUCACAAUUGUUCUUAACAUUCAAAAAGGAAAUUAAAAUUUAUUCAAGUAAAUCAAGUCAACAGCAGCGCUGAAUAAAAUCUCUUCUAUUGCACAGAUUGUAUCAAUGAAGAUUUAAACUUUUAAGCAAAAAAUUACAUCCUAAUUGAACAAAUUAUCUAAGAGGGUGAAAAUAGCAUCAUUUAAAAGUGGCCACCUGUUAAUGACUACUCAGUAAUAGAAAAACUAAUUAAGGAAACUUCUAAAUUCGAUUAGUCAUAGCAUAUUAUUUAAAGAGUUACUAAUUAUUUCACAGAACUUAAGGACGAAAUUAUCAGAAGAAUUGACUUUUGUUAAAAAAAAAUGAUUAAUCAAAUUCAAGAUUUACCUUUUGGAAAAAGCUAAAUAAUCAACCAAUAUCAAUAGAUAUCAUAAAUUUUAUAGCUUAAAUCAUUGAUAAAUGAGUGCAAAGAUGAUAAAACAUUUUAAUAACCACCAACUUAACAAAAGUUUAAAAAAUUUAUUACAGAAGUAGAAUUAAAAAAAGAUUAAAAUACUAAACAAUUGUAAUAAUUGCUUGAUUCGAGUGUCAAAUAGUAAUAUUUAAUUAAUUUUGAGUUGCCUAAUAUGAUUAAAGAAUAAAUCUUCUCUUUUGUAGAUAAAAUUAAUUUCUUCAAUCAUGGUAUUUUAAAUAGUUCAAAUAAUGAUCAUGUUGAUAAUCAAGGUGAAUCAACUAAUUUUUGCACAAAAAUAAUGCAAUUGAUUUCUAACAAAUCUAAUUUUUGCUCAAAUGAAUUUUUAAAUUAAGUUAAGCAAAAAUUAGAAAAGAUAAGUGCUUUGAUAGAAGAUAUUCCUACAUAAAACAUGUUCAUUUAAGGGAAAAAGCCAACAGAAUUCGAAAAGUUAACAGAAGAAAAAAUGAAUUAAAUUAAUGAAUUUGUUUAACAUUAAAUUUAACUACAAAGCAACAGUAAUUAUCAGAGAGAGAUCUAAUAAUCUAAAGUUAUCAAAGAUAUUCAAAAAAUUAUGGAGAACAAACUCAAUUUCAUUAACUAAGCUUCAUAAAAAACUAUAAUCAAUCAUUUAACAAAAACUUAUCCUUAUUUAAAGAAAGAAGAAAAUACUAAAAUAAUUUAAGAAUUAGAAAAAUUUGAGUUAUUUAAUUAAAUAGAUGAAGAGAUGAUUGAUGAUCUCUUCUCUUUAAUGAAAAAAAAGCAAGAGAUCAGAAAUUCUAUGAAUAAUAGUCAAACGUAAAUAAUUUCAAAUUGUAAAGAACUUCAAUAAUUUAAAAAAGAAAAUCUUGAUAGAAUUUUUAGAUAAUUCCCUAUUUUUGAUUUAAUUCCUAAAGAAGGAAUAAGCAUCUUAAAUGAAUUAUAAUUUUUAAAGGGUACUUUUAAUGAUGGUGAUUAAAGGAUUUAGAUUUAAAAAAAUAAUUUAAAUUAAUAUGAAAUAUCAAUAAAUGAACUAUUUUAUCUAGGGAAAUAAGCAUAAACUCUUGCUAAUUGCAUGUCAAAUAUGAUUUUAGAAAAAGAUAAAAAAUAUAUCUUUAGGGUAUAAUUUAAAUCGAAAGAUAAUUCACCAAGGUAUUUUCAAAUCGGAAUUAUGGAGUAAAAAAAUUUAAAUACUCAAAAAGGAUGUUAAGAAUAACAAUUUGCUGAGUUUUAAUGUGAAGAUAAAUAAUUAAAACUUUUUGGUACUAUCUUUAACAACUAUUUAAAGGGAAAAGACUUGUAAAUAGCUGAAAGUACAAUAAUAGAAUUAAGAGUUUGGUUAAAUGGAAAAAUACUAUAAAUAACAGACUACCCUUAAAAUAAUUACAUAGUUUCAAUUAAAAAUGAAUAAUUAAAAAAACUUAAAAAUUUAGAAAAUCCAUCAUUUUUUGUACAAUUAUUUGACUAAUAUAAAUCAUAUAUUAUUACAGAUGCUUUAAUAGUUGAGAAUUUUGAUGAUUGA